UUUGUAUUGUGAAUCACACGUUGUAAGCUCACAACAAAACUGAAAUCCAAUUAUCAGCUACAUGCAAACAUACUGUAUAUGCACCUGCUACCAGAUUAUAGCAUCCUGCUUCACUGAUAUCACACCAACAACACCUACCUCCAUCUACGACAUGCUGUCCUACUCUUAGUAUGCCACCAACUUGGCAUCUGAAAUCUAUAAGACAUUCACUGAUACAACAAGCCUUUGGUUUUAAAAUGUCUAGUUUUCUUUGCAUCAAAUGUGAGAAAAAGGAAGCCCUUACUUCAUGUCUAACUUGUGAUGGUGGUCUGUGUACUAAAUGCUGGGAUAUCAUGCAUUAUAAGCUAAUGCGUCAGAUUGACCUGAUGGUUACUGCUAAGAAAGCAGAGUGGGAAAACCACAUGCAUGCCGUCCAGAUUCAACUGGAAAAGAGAAACAAGGAAGUUGGGUUUGUCAGGGCACAGCUGGAACAAAAAAAUCAAGAGGUGGAGAAGCUACAGUACAGAGUAGAUGAGAUGGAGAUGAACCAAAGAGAUGGCAUAUCUGAGUAUGAACAACAAGUUAUGCACCUGAAGGAGGAAGUUGAUAAUUUGAAGUAUGAACAUGAAAAGAUUCAAAAGAAAAGUGAAAAGCAAGUCCUUCAAGGAGAGAAAGAAAAAGAACAGCUUGUCUUAGACUUGAAUGCAAGAGAUGCAGAGGUGCAAAGAUUAAAAGAGCGACUUGAGGAGUACAAGUUGAAGGUAUUAGAAUGGGAGGGAGCUCGUCAUGCAUGGGAAGAAAGAAUCAGAGGGCUAGAAAAUCAAAAGAAAACACUUCUAGAAAAGAGUGAUAUGACCCAGCAACAGCUGCUUGGUUACCAAAACCAACUGAACAAAAGAAGAAAUAUACUUGACAAUAUGGAACACAGCCGUCAGCGUGAAAUACGAGACUUGGAAGCUCAGCUGGAAAGAAUCAAAGAAGAAUCUGAAAGUAAAGAAGACACAAUAACUGAGCUUAAAGAUUCUCUAGACAGUGCGUUAUCGGCCAGCAAGCAACAGGCCUCAGAAAUUGCUCAGUUGCAAGAAGAUUUGAGGGUUGCACUUGAUGCUUUACAGCAAUUGGAAGAUGAAAAGGCACAUGUUUUGGAAGAGUUGCAUUCAAGAGAUCACCUUAUCCAGGCAGCAGAAGUAGAUCAACUGAAGCAUGCUGAUGAUAUUAUGAAGCUAGAACAAAGUCUAACACUAAAGGACGAAGUAAUAAGGAAGUUUGAAGGUGCUACCACAAGAACCGAGAACAUGGAACUGAGAAGGCUAAAAGAGGAUUUGAGAACUUCUAGAAUUGAAAUGCAAUCUCAUAUUGAUUCUGAAGCAUUCCUUAAAGAGCAGCUGGAGCAUACAACUCAGAAAUUGGAAACAUCUAACAAGACAAAUGCCAAGCUGCAGGCACAACUGAAAAGAAAGGAAGAAGAACUAAGGAAAAUAACGGAGGACGAUUUUCAACACCUGACCGCAGAAAGGAAUAAGUUACAAGAAAAGUUAUAUUCCUUAGAAGAAGGACACGCUGGUGCUCUGAACGGCAUGAAGAGCGAAGUAGAUAAUUUGGCCUUGCAGCUUCACAAAAGGGAUACGUCCAUGGCUGAUGUCAGUGAAAAACUACAAAGAAUGGAGAAAGAAUUGAGAGAAGCUACAAACCGUUACGACAGAUGUGGUGCAGAGUUGCAAGUGACUAACGCUCAACUAGAUGCACUACGAAUAGAGAACAAGCACCUGAGAGAUGCUGCACGUGACCAGCUAGAUAUAUCUGAGGUAUACCAGGGAAAUAUGGAGUUUAUUGCACAAUUAGAGGCUGAUAACAGAGUACUUAGAAUGGAGGUUGUAUCUUUACGGGAACAGCUCAGUGCUGUAGAGGUUAACCAACAAGACAAAUUACGUUCUGCGUUGAAAAAAAGUCAACAUACCCUAGACGACAUUAAACAAAAUGAAUUCAGACGCCAUAGUGAACUCCAAACUGAAUCAGAACGUAAGAUAGCAGCGCUAGAGGCGCGACUGGAAUCAACGAUACGAAUAUACGAAACCCAACUACACUUCACACAGUCAGAAAAUGAACGACUUAAAAUGAACCAAUCAAAAGGAAAAGUAUACCAACAAGCUUCUGCAUACACAUCUUUACCAAAUGGUACGAGUGUUCUUCCUGAGUAUGUGCCUAAACGACAACCACAAGACAUUAGCCAUACUAGUGUUAGUGACUACACCGACACUGAAGCACUCACCUAUGCAGACCUUGGUGGUGCGGCUAUUGUAUCAGAGUCAGAGAGGUCUGCUACUCCUCGUGGCUCGCGGCGAACGUCUCUCACAGCUGAUUUCGUUGCUGAAGAGAAUAGACGAGAAAGAGAACUAGAAAGAAUCCUGGAUGGUAGAAUAGAAGACUUGAAAACUAAUACAGACUAUAUCAUCCAUAAAUAUUCCUAGCAUYGAUAUCUAUUCCUUAUAGUGAUGUGUUGUGUAUAUAAGUCGUAAAUUAUUGAGGACUUGUAAAAAGGUGUGUGACCAUAAUUGGUUGGUCUGUUCACUGAAAAAUUGCUAUGUUCAUAAGAGAUUUUUCGUCGCAAAAGAGAGUGUAUUGUAUGCGCACAUCUGUCAUGAUUGAACCUCGUCUCUUACUCUACUCGUCAGUCCUUGAUGUCGAAGAGUCAUGGAUGUAGCUCAAAGUAUUCUUCUCAAGAGUGACAUUAAUAAACAGAUUGAUAAAAAUA